AGGGGAUUGUUGAGAAGCAGUGUCUGGUUAUCUGCUCCUGACGAGGCUGGUGGUUUGGAGAGACAGGCUUCCCCAUGUCAUGAAAGAGGGCCAGACGUGGGUCCCUGCAGGUCUGGAUUUCUCUGGCCAGUGUGGGGGAGAAACCCGGCCUCCACGAGGGCUCCAUCUUGUGAGGAAAGCCUCUAGGCCACAGUGGGUAUUGCUUUGCCUCAGGCCUGUCCUGGGGGCUGAGGGGACAGGGGUGACUCCCACGUUGGCUGAUGGAGCAUCUGACUCCGGGUGUAACGUUUGCUUUAGAGACUCACUGUGGGGGGAGGAUGUGCUCCCAGCCCUGCCUAGGGACCCCCCACCCAGCAUCCCGGAGGAGGAGGAGCCCUGACCUUACACCUGCCAGGGUCUCCAGGUCAUCAUCUCUGUGAAGCCCACAAAGCCUCACCCAUCCAAGGAAACAAGUUGCUUAGGCCCUUGAUCACCACCUGGUUGUUUAGUCCUUACCCUCCUGGAUUGCAAGAACACUGAGACUCAGGGACGCUGACCUCCCAGGUCCUGCCCCUGAUCCUCCUGUGAGCCAUUGCUGGGGGUUAACCCCGUGUGGGUCACAGCCUUCGAUCACCCGAACAUCCACAGGUGGAGCAUGGGAGGCUGCUGGAGGGCUUUCACUCUCCUUUCUGCACUUGAGUCUUUUGGGAUUCCAAAGAGUCUUGUUGAGAGCCAGCAGAGAGACCCUGCUUGCAGGGCAACAGUCAGGGGUCAGGGAGAAUGAAGAGGUAGGUGGUAUCGCGGGGCUUGGGCAAAGCACUAUGAUUUGUCUCCCUGGGCCUCAGUUUCUCCAUCUGUAUAAUGGGCAUACCUGUGCCUAUGCCACAGGCUGUUGUGAAGAUCAGAUGAAAAAGCGUGGUGAGGGGCUCUGAGGGGCUGGGGCAACCAAGUUAAGAGCCUUGCUUGGUCCUGCGAAGGCCAGGGCACACCAGGGCAGGGUUUGCCACCUUUAGGCUGGGUGAGCUUGGCUAGGUCGCAGAGGGCAUGUGUAACUAAUGAAGUGGGUACAAUGAAGCCCGCAGGGCUGGGCAUAGAGGCACUCAUCACCUGUGCUGCCCUGAGUGAUGCCUUGUGCUCACUGACACAGUGGAUGGUUGACACAAUGAGAGGCCCAGCCCACUAGAGGACCAGGGUGGGCCGUGACUCUGCCCCUUACCCGCUGUGUGGCCAUGGGCAACUCACUGACCCUCUCUGAACCUUGGUUUCCUCAUCCGGUUAUGACAUCCCCCCGCUGGUGGCCUCCCACUCACACUCAGGAUAAAAUCUAAAUGCCACACAAGAUGCCAUCAGACCCAGCCUGUGUUUCCAGCCACCUCAGGAUAUCGGCCCCUCUCUUCAGGCCUGUUUUAUAAUCUUCAUUUCGCCCAGGGAAUCUGCAUAGUCUGUCUGCUCCUCCCCUAGUCUGCGAGCCCCACAGAGCCAAACUUUUACCUGUCUUAUGAGCAUGCCUAGUACUGUGCUUGCCACAUAGUAGGUCCUCAGAAAGCAUGUGUUGAAUGAGGCCUGUAUUAGGCCAGCCCUUGGGUGGUGGGGUGGCAGGCAAGGAACUAUAGUGGGUCUGCUUAUGCUGGGCCACCAGGCCCAGGGCUGCAGGAUUCUCCACUGAGCUGAGACCCGAGGCCAAGAGGCCUUACCUGUGAGGUGCCAAAGGGAGCUGGUGGGCUGGUUCCCAGCCCUGCGGAGGGUAGGGGAGAAGAGGUGGGCUCUGGGGCACAGGGUGGACUGUCCCGAGUCCAUGUGGGCCCUCCUCUCCCCACGCCAUACAUACCACUUCCCUGAAGUCUCAUGGCGCGCCCAUGCCCUUGGCCAUGACCACCUUGGCUGGCCUUGAUCCUACCUGGGAAAGGCCAGUGCUCGGGUCCUGGGCUGGGGGGCUCAAUGUCCCCCUCCCUCACUGCCCCCUCCCACCCAAAGGUGAAGCCAGCACCUCUCAGCCUCCUCUCCUGACAGCCGCCUGCAGCGGGAAGCUGGAGCAGCACACCGCACGCCGUGGCGUCAUCUACAGCCCAGCCUGGCCCCUCAACUACCCGCCGGGCACCAACUGCAGCUGGUACAUACAGGGCGACCGCGGGGACAUGAUCACCAUCAGCUUCCGCAACUUUGACGUGGAGGAGUCCCACCAGUGCUCCCUGGACUGGCUCAUGCUCGGCCCUGCGGCCCCGCCCCGCCAGGAGGCCUUCCGGCUCUGUGGCUCUGCCAUCCCGCCCGCCUUCAUCUCCGCCCGGGACCACGUCUGGAUCUUCUUCCACUCGGACGCCUCCAGCUCCGGCCAGGCCCAGGGCUUCCGUCUCUCCUACAUCCGAGGGAAGCUGGGCCAGGCAUCCUGCCAGGCUGACGAGUUCCGCUGUGACAACGGCAAGUGCCUGCCGGGCCCUUGGCAGUGCAACACCGUGGACGAGUGUGGCGACGGCUCUGAUGAGGGCAACUGCUCGGCGCCCGCCUCGGAGCCGCCAGGCAGCCUGUGCCCCGGGGGUACCUUCCCUUGCAGCGGGGCGCGCUCCACGCGCUGCCUGCCUGCUGAGCGGCGCUGCGACGGCACUCAGGACUGUGGCGACGGCUCCGACGAGGCCGGUUGUCCCGACCUGGCCUGCGGCCGGCGGUUGGGCAGCUUCUACGGCUCCUUCGCCUCCCCAGACCUGUUCGGUGCGGCCCGCGGGCCCUCGGACCUUCACUGCACAUGGCUGGUGGACACGCAGGACCCGCGGCGCGUGCUGCUGCAGCUGGAGCUGCGGCUGGGCUACGACGACUACGUGCAGGUGUACGAGGGCCUGGGUGAGCGCGGGGACCGCCUGCUGCAGACGCUCUCCUACCGCAGCAACCACCGGCCAGUGAGCCUCGAGGCCGCCCAGGGCCGCCUCACCGUGGCCUACCACGCCCGUGCCCGCAGCGCCGGCCACGGCUUCAAUGCCACCUACCAGGUGAAGGGCUACUGCCUCCCGUGGGAGCAGCCGUGCGGGAGCAGCCGUGAGGGCGACGUGGAGGACCCGGGCGAGCAAGGCUGCUUCUCGGAGCCUCAGCGCUGCGACGGCUGGUGGCACUGCGCCAGCGGCCGGGACGAGCAGGGCUGCCCCGCCUGCCCCCCGGACCAGUACCCCUGCGAGGGAGGCAGCGGCCUGUGCUACACGCCCGCUGACCGCUGCAACAACCAGAAGAGCUGCCCCGACGGUGCGGACGAGAAGAACUGCUUCUCUUGCCAGCCGGGCACCUUCCACUGCGGCACCAACCUGUGCAUCUUCGAGACGUGGCGCUGUGACGGUCAGGAGGACUGCCAGGACGGCAGCGACGAGCACGGCUGCCUGGCGGCCGUGCCCCGCAAGGUCAUCACCGCCGCGCUCAUCGGCAGCCUAGUCUGCGGGCUGCUGCUCGUCAUCGCCCUGGGCUGUGCCUUCAAACUCUACUCCCUGCGCACGCAGGAGUACAGGGCCUUUGAGACCCAGAUGACACGCCUGGAGGCUGAGUUUGUGCGGCGGGAGGCACCCCCGUCCUACGGGCAGCUCAUCGCACAGGGCCUCAUUCCGCCCGUCGAGGACUUCCCGGUCUACAGUGCAUCCCAGGCCUCGGUGCUACAGAACCUGCGCACGGCCAUGCGGCGACAGAUGCGCAGACACGCCUCCCGCCGCGGGCCCUCCCGCCGCCGCCUCGGCCGCCUCUGGAACCGGCUCUUUCACCGGCCGCGGGCGUCGCGCGGGCAGAUCCCGCUGCUGACGGCCGCGCGCACCUCCCAGACGGUGCUGGGUGACGGGCUCCUCCAGCCGGCACCGGGGGCUGCCCGGGAACCCUUGGCACCCCUAACGGACACAAGCAGCCCCGGGGCAGCAGGGGAGGGGCCCCCCGGCGCCCCCAGCCACGCCUCGGAGGUGGGACCUUCCGCGCCGCCCCCCUCGGGCCUGCGGGACCCCUCGGAGUCCAGACUGGCUGGCAAGGACAGAAAGGCUGGCAGGGACCCUCUGGUGGACAGCCCAGCCCCUGUGGACGUGCCUCAGGAGUCCUGCUCCGGCCAGGACCCUUACCCUCCGGCCCUCACUGCCGGUGGCAUCCCCGGCCCCCACCCAUCAGAGCCGCUGGGAGUCUGCAGGAGCCCCCCGCCACCCCGCUCCCCAACGUUGGAGGCCAGUGACGACGAGGCCCUGCUGGUCUGCUGACCCGCCGGACACGCUGAUGACCGCCACAGCCCCGCUUUGUAACCAGGGAAUACACAGUCGUUUCUACCCUG